AUGGCCGACGCCAGCCCCGCCAAGUCGACGACGACGUCUCCCCGACCUCAGCUGACCUCGUCCAUGAGGAGCAGCUCCUUCCUGCGCGAGCACCAGCAGUACAGGCCACCGCAGCACCCAGAAAGCCGCUUCGGCAUCGACACAGUCGUCGAGGAUCUGAGCAACGUCUCCGUCUCCCCGCCGAAGCACAACCACAAUGCCAACCACAAGCACUAUGCGGGCUUCAACGGCAUCCCCUCGGAAGACAAUCCGCCCACCAUCCGCAGCGGCUUAAAUCACAGCUACUCGCACCCGAACUGCGCGCCCGCCGGGGGGAAGAAGCAGUCACGCCUGGUGGCUACGCUAUUCUAUAAGCCGAACGGCGAGGGCGGCCACACGGCAGCGGCCGCCGCGGGCGGGAGCGGCGUCGCGUCACCGCAAACCCUCACCUCCGACAGCUCCAGCGGCAAGGAGUCUCUCCCGGCCAACUUUGCGCCGACGCAGGACCCCGAGUCCUUCCCGCUCGAACCUCCGACCCUCGAGCCCGAGAAGCUCGACCACCUGUACGGCUCCUACGUCUCGCCCAUGUGCGUGACCUCGUUCCUGCACCUCAUGUCAACCUUCCCUCUGCCUGCCGGCGAGUCGGACUACAGCUCCUCGCACCGCUGCCUCGACAGCCAAGAGAACCCGCGCGUCGUGGAGCUGACGCUCGACCCGGCCCCAUGCCAGAGCUACCUCAGCCUGACGGAUCUGCGGCGGCACGAGCUCAUCUACCGCUUCGAGAGGGAGUGGAGCGUCGACGUCGCGCUACAACCUGACACGCUGUGGCGCCGUCACCCGAGGCUGGUGGUGUUCGACAUGGACAGCACCCUCAUCACGCAGGAGGUCAUCGACCUACUCGCCGCGACGCUCAAGGACCCGCCCGACCUGGCCGCGCGCGUCGCGGACAUCACCCACCGCGCCAUGCUCGGCGAGCUCGAGUUCGACGCCGCCUUCCGCGAGCGCGUUCAGCUCCUCAAGGGUCUCCCCGCGUCCUGCUUCGAGCAGCUGCGGCCCGUGCUGGAUGUGACCAAGGGCGUCCCCCGUCUGAUCAAGGCACUGAAGCGCCUCGGUGUGAAGACCGCAGUACUUUCUGGAGGGUUCCUCCCCCUGACGAGCUGGUUGGCUGGAGAACUGGGCAUUGACUAUGCGCAUGCCAACGAGGUCGUCAUUGACGACGCUGGCAAGCUCACUGGAGAGGUGAAGGGUCUCAUUGUGGGCAAGGAGCGGAAGCACGAUCUGCUGAUCGAGAUCGCCGCGAAGGAGGGCAUCGAUCUUUCGCAGGUUAUUGCUGUCGGUGACGGCGCCAAUGAUUUGCUCAUGAUGCAAGCAGCGGGGUUGGGCGUCGCGUGGAACGCUAAGCCGAGAGUGCAGAUGGAGGCCGAUACGAGACUCAACAGUGAGAGCUUAUUGGACUUGUUGUACCUGUUUGGGUUCACCGGAGAUGAGAUUGAGCAGCUUGCCUUAUAG